AGAUAUGAAAAAGCCGAGUGGAUUAUUCUUCUGAAAUGCUGAAGAGAAAGCAAACGGAACUGAACAACUUGCGUUCAGAGCUUGAUACCAAUCUCCAAGUCACAGGGAGCUCUGUCUUCACCGCUCUGCGUAUUAUCUAUGUAUUCUCCUAUCGUGCGGCAUCUUAUGACGAUGUUCAGGCAAUUCGGGAGCACUGUUCAGUUUCGUCAAUAAUGCGAGAGCACUUCUGUGAUCAGUGGGGUACAGCGAUCGAGGGCUGCCUCCUGCUCUGCCAGUAUGGUCAAGUUCCUGUCUCGCUCCCCUUGACGCUCCCAUAUGUCAAUGUCCAUUCCAUUUCCGUAGUAACUGUCCUCACCAAGGUCGUCAUCGUUGUCGUCGUCUUCUUCGUCUUCGCAAGGAAUUUCGACCUCGGGGCUCACCUAAAGAACGUUUGCUGGUUUGUGGAUCGCAGGGCGUCCAUCGGAGGAUUCGCUCGUCUUCUCGUUGUAGGUGAGAUUCCUCGCCUGGACGAGGUUUCCAAGGCAAUUUCGGCGAAGAGGGAACAGGGCGAUAUAGGUUAAGGACUCGAGGUCAUCACGGAGAAAGAUCUACGAAGGAGAAAGAAU